AUGGUUAAAUGUAACACCACCUGCGUCCAAAUAAGACAGAGAAGUUCUGUAACUGGCCAUGUCGUGGAUCAGCUUCUGUCAGCCCGCACAGAGGCCCUAAAGGAACAGAAGUUCACGUCAAAGCCUCUGACACAUGACCGGCGUCAGCCCGCCCCCUCACGAACAAGUGUACUGUACGUGCAUGACCGAAGCCAAUUAAUCAGAGAAGAUCCGACCAAUGAGAAAUUUCAACAAGAAAGAUCUGACAAACAAAGAUUUAGCCACAAGAAAGAUCCGACCGCAGGGAAGAUCCGACCGCGGGGAAGAUCCGACCGCGGGGAAGAUCCGACCGCGAGGAAGAUCCGACCGCGGGGAAGAUCCGACCGCGAGGAAGAUCCGACCGCGGGGAAGAUCCGGACGCGGGGAAGAUCCGCCUGCGAGGAAGAUCCGGCCGCGGGGAAGAUCCGCCCGCGAGGAAGAUCCGACCGCGAGGAAGAUCCGACCGCGGGGAAGAUCCGACCGCGGGGAAGAUCCGACCGCGGGGAAGAUCCGACCGCGAGGAAGAUCCGACCGCGGGGAAGAUCCGACCGCGGGGGAGAUCCGACGGCGGGGAAGAUCCGACCGCGGGGAAGAUCCGACCGCGGGGAAGAUCCGACCGCGGGGAAGAUCCGACCGCGGGGAAGAUCCAACCGCGGGGAAGAUCCGACCGCAGGGAAGAUCCGACCGCGGGGAAGAUCCGACCGCGGGGAAGAUCCAACCGCGGGGAAGAUCCAACCGCAGGGAAGAUCCGACCGCGGGGAAGAUCCGACCGCAGGGAAGAUCCGACCGCAGGGAAGAUCCGACCGCGGGGAAGAUCCAACCGCGGGGAAGAUCCGACCGCAGGGAAGAUCCAACCGCAGGGAAGAUCCGACCGCAGGGAAGAUCCGACCGCGGGGAAGAUCCAACCGCGGGGAAGAUCCAACCGCAGGGAAGAUCCGACCGCGGGGAAGAUCCGACCGCAGCGAAGAUCCAACCGCGGGGAAGAUCCGACCGCGGGGAAGAUCCGACCGCGGGGAAGAUCCAACCGCGGCGAAGAUCCGAGCGCAGAGAAGAUCCGACAGCAGAGACCCGCCCCGCCCGCAGCCACGGAGCUUAUAA